CUUUUAGUUACAGUUGGAUGGGAGGAAUCUACCGGGUUGACACGUAACUCAAGUUAAAGGUGCCCUGUGGGCCUGUUUGCGGAUAUAAGGCUUUACUUUUCCCGCAAAACGUAUGCAUUUUCGUCGGACGGAGAGAAACGGGACACUUUAGUUUGUAGCUAAAUCUCUGCAAACCUAAAGUCGUUAAAGUGAAAAUCUGAGCGUCCGUUUUGAAGUGAAGCGAGGAAUAACCCGAGGGAAAGUACUGUUUCUCGUCUGCGUUGAGAUGUUUCUGGACUGAGGAGUGAGUGUUAAAUUGUGUGUUGAGUCGGGAAGUUUCCAGCAGCAGAGACGGAGCGUACUCGCUCAGGCGGCGGGGAGGGGCGCGGGUACAACAUGGGAAACGGCUUGUGCUCGCGGAGGCAACGGAGGAUUUUCCAGUGCCUCCUGCUCGUCACCGUAGUAUGCGGAAUGAUGUACGGCGGGAUGGUGUCUUACGAGAUGCACAAGGAACUGAAGAGGACACAGGCCAUGGCACUGAAAUACCAGCAGCACCAAGAAUCUUUAUCGGCUCAGCUCCAAGUGGUCUAUGAACAUCGCUCAAGACUGGAGAAGUCUCUUCAGAAGGAGAGGUUAGAGCACAAAAAGGCCAAAGAAGAUUACUUGGUGUAUAAACUCGAAUCACAGCAAUCAUUGAACAAGGAGAAGCAAGACUCCAGCAGCAAACUGAGUUCACUUCAUGUUCAACAUCAGAUGCUCAAGAACCAACAUGAAGACCUCAAGAAGCAGUACUAUGAUCUGCAGGAGCAGCAUCAAAUGCAGGGAAAUGAUCACAGUCGGCUGAUAGAUGAGCACAGAGAACGCUACGAAAAAAUGCAACAAAUCAAAGAGCGGGAGGUGUCCCAACUGAAAGACAGUGUGUUUAACCUCAGGGAGGAAAAUAAGCAGCUAAGGAAGGCCCAUCAUGAUAUUCACAUGCAACUGCAGGAUGCUCAGGUGAGGCAUCAAGACCUGAAGACUGCACAUGAUCAGAUCUCACUGUCACUGGAAGACCACAAGAAUGCACUAGCGGCAGCUCAGGUACAAGUGAAUGCAUACAAAGAGCUGAAGGAGUCCCUGAACAAGGCACAGAACUCGAGACAGUCUGAGCAAAACACUGUGCUUCAGCAACCGGAUCCCCAGGUUCAGCAGUCCAAUGCAUUGGUGCAGUCAAAGAAGGAGGCCCCAGUCCUAAAAGGGGAUCACCAUGAUACUGAGCCCAGAUUGGACCAGCAAGAAGAGAAGGGUCAUGUUCAGCCCCAGUUCCAGUCUCAUCCUACAUUGUCUCAGCACGCUUUGUCAGAAAAAGAGGAGGAUGGCGAUGCGGAAAGAAAGAGGGAGCUGGCUGAGGAGGAGAUGGCCCAAGCAGGACAGCCUCAAAAGCUAGAGGAGGAAGAUCAGGAUCAACUGCAAGAGGAGCAACAGGAGGAGGAGGAAGGCGAGCCUGAACUGGAGCACUCAGAUGAGAACGCCUUGGACAGACAGAUACAUGAGCCGCCGCAAGAAAUCCAGCCACAUCAAGAGGUGCACCCUCAGAUGGAGGGCGCCAAGUCCGCUUAUGAGCAGCAGAAGGAGCAGCAGCGCCUGGAGGCUCAGAAGGCCGAAGAGCGCAGAAUGAUCCAGAUGCGACAGGACUCAUUGAAGGCACAAAGAGAGCGGGUGCUAAGGGAGAGGGAAGCGAGGCUACAGGAAGAGCAGGAGAGGGAGAAGCAGCACCAUCAGGAGGCAGACCGACGGGAACAGCUGUUAAGAGAAGAGCACCAAAGGAAAAGGACAGAGUAUGAAAACAUGCAGCACAAUUUAGAUCAACAAAAAGACGAGCAUGGCAUGAACAAAGAAGAGAAACAUUCUCUCUUGAUACACAAGGACAUGAAGCUGCCACAACAUCAGCAGGGUGCCAUCGGUGGGGGAGAGCUGGACCCUGAGGAUGACCCUAACAACCAGGGAGAGGACGAGUUCGAAGAAGCCGAGGAAGACCAAUCACAUCACCGUGUGAAUGAGGAUGAAGAUAUUGUGGAGGAAGAUGAGGAAGAAGGGGAGGGGCCUGCAGCACAUGCCCAGCAUGACGAUUCACACCAAGGCCACGAGCAACCUGCUAUGGAAGAUGAGCUGGUGAUUGCUGGAAACCCAGACCAGCAGGAGGACAAUCUGGAUGACCAGUAUCAGGAGGAAGCUGAGGAGGAGGCACAGGAGGACGUUGCUGGUGGGGAGAAGGGGAGAGAAGAGGAGGAUGGAGAGGACACUUACAAUGAAGAAAACCUAAAACAGGGACCACAAAAGGAAGAGGCUCACGCCGAGGACAUUGAGGAAGAGAAUUACGAGGAAGAGGAAGUGGAGGAAGACGGACCUGCGGGAAAGAAGGGACCCGCUCGACGGGGAGAAAUGUAAGCUAGACAUAAACAUUGAGAGGUUCCUCCUAGUUCCUGAAAAGAAGGCCAACAGCCAUCCAGUAAAGACUCCAAGAAGGACAAUUGGGAUAGAACGUCUGGAGAUGCAGAAGGCUUGUGUUGGAACUAUUCCGAUUUCACUGUGCAAUUGAACAUGUGGAGAUGGUUUUAUAUGCUGUACAAUGUUGUUGUUUUUUUACAGUCACGGCCUCUUGGUUGGUUUUAAAUGCACAUGUGCGGAGAAUGUACUUUUAUCCAGAUGACUGUAAAGUAGAAAGAGAUUCACGAUAUCUUUGUAAAAAAAAACAACUGUUUAACAUACAACUGGGAUUCCGGUCAAUCAAGUGCUUGUUUUUAUUUAUUGUUGAUUAAUUGUGAUGUCUUUGACAAUCAGAAAUGGUGCAAUUCAUAAUUGUUAUGUCAAUAUGUGCCUUUCCAUUCUUACGCUUUUUCAAAAAGUCAUUUCCAAAUGAUUUGGAGACUGAGGUCAAUAUUAGUAAAUUCUGCCUGGUACAACAGAUAACUACACGUCAACACGUCUCAUGCAACUUUAAUAACAAUGUAGAUGUAGAUAUAUGCUGUCAAUUUGUCUAUUUUUCAGUGUAUUUUAAACAAAAAUGAAAUUUUUAUUGAUCCUGUUUUGUCGAGUAUUUUGAUUGGAAUAAAGAGGAAUUCAGUUUUA